AUGACUUCCUACGAGCGGGAAAAGAGGGCCUCUCAGGUGUCCACAAAGGGUCUGGGCACGAUGGCCCAAAGAGGAAGCGCGGACAUGAGUGCCCCUCGUCCAACGCUGGGAGAACGUCCUCAGCUCAGGGCACUUCCGCGUGGACCGGGCGGGUCUCCCGGGAUGCCUUCCCCGAGUCCUACCUCAGCGCGCCUUCCUUCGUUGGACAUUCUUAAAUUCGCUGACGAGGACUUUAAGGCUGAGAAAUACGUUCACAACGUUCUCACCCAAAGUACGGAAGAAGGUGUGCGCGGGUUCCAUCAGUCACUCAUUGAUGCACGAGAUGCGGCUGCAGUCGAUUUGCAAAGAAAUGUUUACAAAAACUACAACGAAUUCGUCCUCAUUUCCAAGGAAAUUUCAAAGCUCGAAAGUGAUAUGCUCACACUUCGGUCGCUCUUGAGUGAUCUGAAGGAUAUCAAUGCAAAUCUACAGACAGAAGAGACAACGGCAGAAAAGGUUACAGUGGAAUUAGUCGCCGCGGAUGAGGACGAAAGCGCAACUCAAAAGGCGGCACCAGCUUUAUCUGGACUGGCAAAACAGAGCGAAGAACAAACGCGACGGCAGCAGAUGGAAGCAUUGUAUGAGACUGUGGAAGGACUGCAGAAAGUCCUUCCGGAAUGGCGAAAUCGCUACCUUGUUCGUGACGGUUCCCAUGCCCGUUUCGCAGAAGUGAAUCCAGCAAACUACAAGACAGUGCAAAAUGUUCAUUUUUACCUACUGAGUGACACGUUACUUGUAACAACUAAGAAGAAAAAUAUCAUAUCAGGAAAAAGUCGCAUGGUUUUAGACAAGUGUUGGAGUUUAGCGGAUGUGGCGGUGGUGGACAUGAAAGAUUCCAUUGAGGUUAGCAACGCGUUCAAAGUAAUGAGACAUCCUGAUAUGUUCAUCUAUCGAAGCGAGUCUUUGGAAGAAAAGCGAUCUUUUCUGGGUGCCUUCAAAAGGUUUACCGACGAGCUCAUGCUGCAGAAGAGACAAGCUGUUGAGUCGGCCAAAGCUAGACAAAAGCUAGCAAUACCGGCCGCCGACCCGGAGCCUUUCUCUCCAACUCGCUCGGAUACUGGUGAUAGAGACACGGAAAAGCGAUCAGGAAGGCCCACAAAGGAUGAUCUAACAGCCAACGACAUCAAAUGGCUCAUGGAGCUACCAGACGAGCUGGAUGUUCUUAUCGCACAUAGAGAUUUCGAUCACGCCGUUUCACUUAUUGAGCAAGCGCGCCACACGCUUUCAAAAGCCAACGCUGAAACGCCACGGGUGUCGGUUAUUCGAAGCAGUGUUGAAGAGCGUACAAAUAGGCUUGCACAGCUGGUUAGUUUGGAUCUUGCAAAUCCAGUGGCCAGCAAAACGCAAGUUCAGAUGAAUAUUGAUAAGUUGCUGCGAUUGGGAAUGGGAGAUCAGGCUCGAGAUUUCUUUCUCACUGCUCGGACAGCUAUCAUCCGACAUCGCAUCAGGCUCAUUCGCUUCGACGGGGAUGUCGCCGUCUAUAUAUCGGACCUCGCAGAAAUCGUCUUUCGCUUGAUACGUAGUACAUGCGACUGGUACGGCGGUUCCUUUAGGGAUACAACGAUGGCAUCUGGGUUCAUGAAAUGGGUCAACCAAGAGCUCCAGAAUUUUGGCACAAUUUUCCGGCGUCAAGUGUUUGACUCGAAGCAAAAUUUUAGCGUUAUUGCCGACUGUCUCCAGCAUACUUUGCAUCAUUGCAAACAGCUUCGAGAUCUUGGCCUAGACAUCACAUUCGUACUUGACGACGCGUUUCACGACGACAUUGUGAAGUCUAUCAAAGAUCAUUCCAAACAAUGUGAGAACGCGAUCGUGGCUGCUGUGGAGGCGGAUAAGUUUGCGGCGAUAAAGCCCGAUUCCCAAUUCCUCGUAGGGAGAGAGGAUGAGUUUGCUGAUAUCACGGCCAACGUGUCGCAAAGCGUUUACGAGCUCUACAGCGUGUUCAUGGAGUUUGGCGCGGACGUCUCGGUGUUAAUGUCUAUCUCAUUGUACAGCAAGAUUGUUAAUUGUUUGACAGGCUUCUUUGCCACUUACAUCCGCAAACUCGUUGAAGUAUUUGGGGGCGACUGGAUUUACCGACAGCGCUCCACUAUAUUAGUUGAUGCUACAUUUGUUGUUGACGAUUUACUACCAAAAGUUGCCGGCCAGCUGGCUCAUCGCUUUGAAAGACCGAUUCCAGAACUUGAGGAUAUGCGGGAGAAACUGAACCACUCCAUAACAGCCAUGCAAACCAAGUUUAUAACGCAAACUCGCGAAAAGCUUCUUAAAGACAAAUACAAUUUUCCAUUGGUUGAUUAUUCUAAUAACGGGGGAAUCCUUGAUACAGCCAAGCCUUCGGAACACAUCAUGCGGCUUAUUGACGAACUCAAUACUCUGCAAGGAGCCCUAGAUCCAACGCUACCGCGCAAAUCAAUCCUAACAUCCAUCGUCGAUGGCAUCUUCACAUUCAUGAAUGAUCCGUCCUGCUGGCAAAACGCACGCGGUCCUCGCCGCCUUGGCUUCCAAGGCGUUCAGCAGCUCAUCCUCGAUAUCCAUUUCUUUCUAAGAAUAUGCGAGCCAUUGGUAUCCGAGGAAACAAACUCGAACGCGAAUAUCGUAUGUGAAAAGGGCCUGCGGACCUUCUUCUCACAAAACAAAGAACUCAAAGCGGCUUUAAAGACGGGCGAUUGGUAUGAUAAACGUGUGGACGAUGUCAUGGCUCUCAUCUCUUCCGAAUUCCCCCAUUUGAUAUCUAUCACAUAAAGUGAAAUGAUAGUAUCCAAAAGAUGUAUACCUAUACAAAAUGCUUCGAAUGUACAUUAAACUAUGCCUUGGAUAUUUGCACUAUUUUACGUGAGUAAAACUCUUCAAUGGAUCCUG